CAACCAGGAGGCGGGCGCGCAGUAGGCUGUGGACUAGAGCACGGCGAAGGGCCGUGGGCUGGGAAAGACCGGUGUGUGCGAGGCGGGCAUCAUUCGGCUUAGCCUCGCGCGCGGAGACCCUGCAGAGAAGAAUCCAAGAGUCAGUUUUCGAAGGGAAAAAAAUUGGGCCAGGAGCCAAGACCUGUUCUCCACAAACUUAAUAUCGUGUAGAUCAUCUUACCACUUGAGAUCUCAGUGGCCUCAUCUGUGAAAAAAAGAAGAAAAAAAAAAGAUAAAACCUCUAGCCUGUCUGAAGAUGAGGUGGAAGAUCAUCCAGCUACAGUACUGUUUUCUCUUGGUCCCGUGUGUGCUCACUGUUCUGGAAGCUGUACCUAUAGAUGUAGACAAGACCAAAGUACACAACGUUGAGCCCGUGGACAGUGCAAAGAUAGAGCCCCCAGAUACCGGACUUUAUUACGAUGAAUACCUCAAGCAAGUGAUUGACGUCCUGGAAACAGAUCAACAUUUCAGAGAAAAGCUCCAGAAAGCAGACAUAGAGGAAAUAAGGAAUGGGAGGCUGAGCAAAGAGCUGGACUUAGUAAGUCACCAUGUGAGGACAAAACUCGAUGAACUGAAGAGGCAAGAAGUAGCAAGGCUGAGAAUGCUUAUCAAAGCUAAGAUGGAUUCCCUUCAAGAUACUGGCAUGAAUCACCACCUUCUCCUGAAGCAGUUCGAACACCUGAACCACCAGAAUCCUGACACAUUUGAAUCCAGAGAUUUGGAUAUGCUAAUCAAAGCGGCAACCGCAGAUCUGGAGCAGUAUGACCGGACUCGCCAUGAAGAGUUUAAGAAGUAUGAGAUGAUGAAGGAACACGAGCGCAGAGAGUAUUUAAAAACACUGGAUGAGGAAAAGAGAAAAGAAGAAGAAUCUAAAUUUGAAGAAAUGAAGAGGAAGCAUGAAAACCACCCCAAAGUCAAUCAUCCUGGAAGCAAAGAUCAACUAAAAGAGGUUUGGGAAGAGGCUGAUGGAUUGGACCCUAAUGACUUUGACCCCAAGACAUUUUUCAAAUUACAUGAUGUCAACAGUGAUGGAUUCCUGGAUGAACAAGAAUUAGAAGCACUGUUCACAAAAGAGUUGGCAAAAGUGUAUGACCCCCGAAAUGCGGAGGAUGAUAUGAUAGAAAUGGAGGAAGAAAGGCUUCGCAUGAGAGAGCAUGUCAUGAACGAGAUUGAUAGCAACAAAGAUCGACUGGUGACUCUGGAAGAAUUCUUGAGAGCUACAGAGAAGAAGGAGUUCUUGGAGCCAGACAGCUGGGAGACAUUGGGUCAGCAACAGUUAUUCACCGAGGAAGAACUGAAAGAAUAUGAAAACAUUAUUGCCGCACAAGAAAAUGAACUUAGGAAGAGGGCAGAUGAACUGCAGAAGCAGAAGGAAGAGUUGCAGCGCCAGCAUGACCACCUGGAGGCUCAGAAGCAGGAGUAUCAGCAGGCUGUACAGCAGCUGGAACAGAAGAAAUUUCAACAAGGGAUCGCUCCAUCAGGGCCAGCAGGAGAACUGAAGUUUGAACCACACACGUAAAGCCCCGACGUCUGCAAGAACUUGGAAGAAAACUGUUCACUCAACAUCUGUUUCAUCUUUCAACAUCCCCUCUUUUAUCUUCACUCAAUAAAUACUUUAAAGCACA